AUGCCUGCAGAUACUGAAGGUGGUGGAGUGGAGGUGAGAAUUGCCAGAGGGACAAGUGUUGAUUUGGAUUUGAACCGUAAGGUGCCACUAUCCUGCACAACUUGUGGUGGAAGUGACUGCAAUGAUAGUGUUGGAUGUUGCGGUGUCAGGAAGUUGGAUGGUUUGUGGUGGAGUUGUAAGAAAGGGCAUGAGGUCCUUAUUCAAGGUGGUGUAAUUGAUGAUGUGGCAAGACAUCUGGUUGAACAGUAUGGGGUGCCCAAAAGAUACAUUGAGAUUCUUGAUAAAACUAAAAAAUAA